GGAUGACAGCGGCUGCCUCCCUAGUCUCUUUGGCCUGGGCCCUGGCCUCCUACCAGAAGGCCCUACGGGAUUCUCGGGACGACAAGAAGCCCAUCAGCUACCUGGCCGUCAUCAUCCAGUUCUGCUGGCACUUCUUCACCAUCGCUGCCAGGGUCAUCACUUUCGCCCUGUUCGCCUCUGUGUUUCAACUCUACUUCGGCAUCUUCAUUGUGCUGCACUGGUGCAUCAUGACCUUCUGGAUUGUCCACUGCGAGACAGACUUCUGCAUCAGCAAGUGGGAGGAGAUUGUGUUUGACAUGGUAGUGGGGAUCAUCUACAUCUUCUCCUGGUUCAACGUCAAGGAGGGACGGACAAGGUGUCGGCUCUUCAUAUACUACCUGGUGAUUCUGGUGGAGAAUGCUGCUCUCAAUGCGUUGUGGUACCUCUACCGCUCGCCCCACACCACUGACGCCUUCGCAGUGCCAGCUCUCUGCGUCAUCUUCAGCAGUUUCCUCACCGGAGUGGUUUUCAUGCUCAUGUACUAUGCCUUUUUCCAUCCCAACGGGCCUCGCUUCGGGCGCUCGCCGAGUGGCCAGGCACUGGACCUGGACCCCACUGCUCAAUUCUCCACGCUUCCGUCCGAAGGUGCCACCAACUCGCUUCGUUCCAACCGGGGUGCUACCACAACUCUGGAGCGCGACAUGGGGAAGUAUUCCGAGCGGGACGGCUGCAUGCCAGUUUUUCAGGUCCGACCCCCAGCGCCAUCCACGCCAUCGUCCCGUGCUCCGCGCCUCGAUGAGACCGUCAUCAAGAUCGACCUUUGCAGGAACCGCUACCCUGCGUGGGAACGCCAUGUCCUCGACCGCAGUAUACGCAGGGCAAUCCUGGCCAUAGACUCCUCACCGACUCCUCCGCGGCUGCAGUACAAGGACGACGCUCUGGUGCAGGAGCGGUUAGAAUAUGAGACCACGUUGUAGUUCCACUGCUCUCAGAACCCAAAGAGGGGUGCUGCGGUCAAAGGAUUAUCCUGCUAUCACAAGUAGAGCAACAGGGUCUGUGGCAAUAAGAAUUUGUUACUAACAACAAUCUCACGUUCCAUCUCUCAUUACCCCUUUUCUUUUCUAUUCCGUAGCGCCACCAAGGAUGAAAGACGGUAAGCUUUGAUUGGUCGGGGUCCAACGUGUAGUAGUUUUGACCACGGCAAGAAGCGAUUACUCUAGACCGUUUCGACUGAAUUCCAUUGCUAGGCUAAAGCUCGGGUCUAUGAGUACUUCCUGUCAGGUUAUGUUAUGAACUUAGACUGCAACACACAAAAUUAACUGGGACACAUUUAAAAUGUUUAUGUUUACAACUGUGAAAGGGGCUGUAAUUGCCCAAUGUGACACAGUGACCAUAAAUAUUGUGUGUUCCAAACAUUUUCUUCUUUGGCCUAGACAUUCCAUUAUUCUGGGAUGAUGCUGGUCUUCACUGGAAAAAGGUCAUAAAGAACUGAACUAGUAGCAUCUAUACAUAGUCAUUGUGUUUUGUUUGGGUACAAUUAACCAAACGUGGCAGGAGGGAAGGAUGGGAAGCGACAAAGAUGAGGUGAAAGCUGGACAGACACAACCUCACUGUUUUCUCCUAUAAGAGAUAAGUCAAACUCAAACAAUGCCAAAAAAAUAUCUUCCUGGCAGCUCAACUCAACUACUUGCAGUCCGGCCUCAUAAACAUGGCUGUGCUAUGACCUUUGUGGAGGUGAUUGUGUGGGGUGUGGAUCAGGAGGCACAAGCAAAAGCGCUGAGAUGAAAAUGGGAAGGAAGACACAUAACAGUAAUCUCAGCCAAACUACACCAACCACCAGGAGAUCUCUGAUACUACAUACAUCAUUUGUUUACUUUAGAGAUGACGUAGAGGGUACUGAAGUCAUUGUUUGUGGUUUGAGUGUCCAUAGUCUGCUUUUUCUUUCAUAAACACGUCAUCUUCUGGGCAAAAUGUUCCAGCAGCUUUUAACAUCGUAACACCGAGCCACACAACAGAGCAUGGUGCCGGCUUAGGAAUGCUAACAAAGUGUUUUUUGAUUAGCUGACAUCCCACAUUAAGAGCUUGAUAUAAGACUACCAUUGUACCACAUAUUAUUUUUAGGAAAGGGUAUCUGAUGGAAUCCAGACAUUUUCAGAGAGGGAUGCCUAAUGCACAGACAAAAAACAACAAUAGGACGUGGGUGCAAGUAACAAAGUGUACCUGUACCAAAUUAGACUACAUUUUAGGUGAAGUAACAAAGGAAAAAUAAUAUAUCUUAAUGGAAGUUUGAGAUUAUGUUAGCAUGGAUGCUAAACUCUACAGAGAGGGCUGAUGGAGACUUACUUCUAUACAUACAUACUGUAAGGUUCUUUAUACAGUAUUCAAAACAUUAGUAUAUUAGCAACGAUGUACUAUGCAAAGAUAUAGUGGUUUCUGUGUGUUGUAAUUUGAGCUCCUCCGUGCUUUCAUAUCGAGCCAGUCCAGCAGGGUAUGCAUGCUAGCGCAUGUGAGUCCUUUGUUUGGCUAGCUAAUGGUCACUGUUCUGCACUGCGCUUACACGGAGGUUGGCUGUUACGUUUUCUAAACAUCCUCGUCCUUACCCACAGGAUGUAGCGCAAACUCAGAAAUCAGCCACCCUUCGUUUCUCCCUCAGGUCAACAUAAAUUGACCAGAUUUUCACAAUUAAAACCGGGGACAUUUUGAGUUUUGCGGUCAAUAUAUCAUUAACAUAUCACAUUUUCUUUACUGUUAAAGAAAAAAGGGGGACAAUUCUGGUUCAAUGUAAUUCGAACAUUUUAACUGCUGUAAUAAACUGAUGUGUACUACUAACUUACGGAGCCCUGGAGGGUUCAUUGAGAGAAAAAUAAAUAAAACGUGGCCACGUUUUACUUUCUCGUUCGCACGAGU